AUGCUGAGUUGCGCCUCCCCGGCAGGGAUGCCGACCGGACCACACGCUCACAAUCCAAACUGGGGGACACUCCUCCAGCCCCCAACAAUUAAAUCGGAACCGAUGGAAGAGGGCUUCGCGAAGGAGCAGGCCAGCGGAUUCUUCUCCGAGGGCUUCCACAGCGCGUCUCCCUCGUCCUCCAGCAAGGACUCGAACGGCCACUCGCCGCGGAGCGUUGGCAGCGCCGGAGAACCCAUGCCUUUCUACGAUUCCGUGCCGCUCAAAGCCAAGGCCAAUCUCGGCAUGCACCUGUACCAGAACGGGAUGCCGUACAGCCUCCUCACCCCGCCGGGCUUCGAGGCGCGCGGCAACGAGGAGCGAGGGGAGCAGGGUAGGCGCUCCUUCGAACGCUUCCACGACUCCGGCUUUGAGGGGAACCAGAACAAAGCUGAGGCGGAAGACUGCCGCGACGGCUCCGGCCCCGAUGACGACUUCGACGAGGAGCCCGGCCUGAGGGUCCCGGCUGUCAACUCCCACGGCAAAGUGAAGACGUUCAAGUGCAAACAGUGCGAGUUCGUAGCGGUCACCAAGCUCAGCUUCUGGGAGCACAGCAAGGAGCACAUCAAGCCGGAGAAGAUGCUCUGCUGCCGCAAGUGCCCCUUCGUAACCGAAUACAAACACCACCUGGAGUACCACAUGCGCAACCACCUCGGCUCGAAGCCGUUCCAGUGCACCCAGUGCUCGUACUCGUGUGUAAACAAGUCGAUGCUCAACUCCCACCUGAAGUCGCACUCGAACGUAUACCAGUACCGCUGCGCUGAUUGCAACUACGCGACCAAGUACUGCCAUUCACUGAAGCUUCAUUUGCGCAAAUACCAGCACAAUCCGGCGAUGGUGCUGAACUUGGACGGCACGCCGAAUCCGUUGCCGAUAAUCGACGUGUACGGCACGCGACGCGGCCCAAAGCAGAAGCCGCUGUCGAAGAUGUUCGAGCAGCCUGGCUUGAGCAACACCAGCCCGCCGCAAGCCCAGGCGCCUUCGCAUCCCCUGUUCGGUGGGCAUUUCCCUGUCAACCUGUCGCCUUACCUGCCUCCACUGCUGCCGCACUCUUUCCUGUUCCCCAACAAUUACGAGCAGAGGACGUCGCCCGCUCCUGAGCAUGUCGCCGAGAAGCGGCCGCCAUCGCCCCAGUCCAUCCUGCAGCAGCGGCUCUCCUACGAGCGACUGGAGGCUACAACUCCCCCAGCUAAAUCCCCUGCCAGCCUGCCCCAGACCCCUACCCACAGCGCUCCGCCGGUCGCCAACGACGCGCUGGACCUCACCAGCUCGAAGACCAGCGAGGCGGGCUCACCGCCGCCCCCCCUUACUCCCACCACGUCGCUGAAGAACCGGAGGAAAGGGCGCGCUUUCAAGCUGCAGCCCGCUGCCCUGCGAUUGCAGCACGAAGACGAGAAGAUCGCUGACGCAUCCGGCUCCGACUCCGACGCGUCCGCCGACGCCACUCCGACCUCGUCCAGCUCGUACUCCUGCCAGUACUGCGACAUAACCUUCGGCGACCUGACGAUGCACACCAUCCACAUGGGCUUCCACGGCUACAACGAUCCCUUCAUGUGCAACAAGUGCGGCGAGCGGAGCCCGGACCGCGUCGCGUUCUUCAUACACCUGGGCCGAGCGCAACACGCC